GGUAUCCAAGUUUCAAAUGAACUACAACAUAAUGGAGGAAAUCCUCUAAUCCACAAUGCACCGCUACCUACUACUUUUGGUCGUGUUACUUCCAAUCCAAUGGACUUUGGGUAGACCUCGAUGUGGGGGAACGUUCACAGCAAACAGGGGAAUAUUGCAAACCCCAAACUUUCCGAACAAGUUUCCAGUACCAAUACACUGCGAAUGGGUGAUUGAAGCCCAACACGCAUCCCCGAACUCUUCAAUCGUCGUCUACCUAACGCAAUUAUUCGUUUUCGAGGGUGUGGUGUUUAAAGAAUAUCAGAUCUACGAUAAAACAUACCAAUUAAACGGCAAAAACAUUUAUACGGUCACGGAGAACAAUGUUUCCAAAGUUAGUUAUGUGCAGACGUUUCAGGACUAUUUAGUUAUCACUUUGAAGCUGGAUAUUAUUGAAAGUACCCAUUUAAGGGUACUCGAUCAUUUACUAGACGUAUAUGGAUUUAAUAUAACUUACGAGGUAACCGAUAAAGGCCCAAGAAAGGAUUGGUGUACAAUGACGAUGUGUGGAUUUACCGGAAUUUGUUACGAUCAUUAUACAAAAUUUGAAUGCGCCUGUUUUCCCGGAUACACAGGUACAAGUUGUUCGGAAGGAAAAAACUCUUUGUGCACUGUCAGCGGUAAACCACAAUGCAAAAAUAACGGCUCUUGUCUACAUGUUGGUGACUCUUCCGUGAAAUGCAUUUGCUCGAAAGGAUUUUCAGGAGAUUUUUGUACCGAAACGGAAAAAUCGUCUCCAAUUAAAACAGGUAUGGCAUUAAUAAUAAAUAACAUUUUUUUUUUCAUUUAAUUCAUGUCAAACGGAAGUCAGAAAUAAAGACACGUUUA